AUGGCUUCCGUCAACCAGUCUGUCAACCUAGCCAUUGCCAACUCCCAGCCGACUGAUGUACCUACCCUUCCUCACACUGGAACCAAUCCAGACGAACAAGUCGGAGAGAAUAAAAAAGCCUCGCUCGAUGACAAUUCCGCUCUAGAAGAUGGUGUCAGAAAUGGCGAUCUCAUUGAAGAGAAAAGCAAAGGCGUGGUGGAGAUGGAAGCUUUACAAGGCCGUCUAACAACAACAGUACUUGCAGUCUUGUAUGGAACGUUCAUGUUACUGUCAUAUAGUUUAUCACUUAACCAGUACACGGCGUCUGCCUUCCUUAACUAUGCGGUUUCCUAUUCCUUCGAAGCUCACUCUUUACAGGCCACAAUCAACACGGUCACCUCGGUCUUCCAAGCGAUGUCUCAGCCUCCAAUCGCCAAGUUCGCCGAUUAUUUUGGACGUGUGAAGACAUACAUAGGCUGUAUCGUCUGCUACGUUAUUGGAUACAUCAUUGUCACAUCCUCGACCUCUAUAGUCACCUAUGCCGUCGGGAACUCGAUUUACAUCUUAGGGAUCACCGGUCUUUUUCUGCUUCAGAAUGUCAUCAUCUCUGAUAUUUCCAGUUUGAGGAACAGGUACUUGUGGACCGUUUUCCCCAAUAUACCUCAAGUCAUUAACGCCUUUGUUGCCGGAGAUAUAGCCAGUAGUCUACUUACGAAAGGUGAUCAGACGAAGCAAUGGAGAUGGGGUUAUGGUAUUUUCACCAUCAUCAUACCUGUGGUUGCUCUACCCAUCAUCAUCACUCUCUGGGUAUACACCCGUCCGAGCCGAGUGCAUCGGGCGGAAAUCAAAGCUAGACAUGCUGCUCAAGUACAAGGCCACUCGACUUCGCAGUUCUGGACGGCCAGCAAAUCGUUCUUCUGGCAGCUCGACUUCAUUGGUCUGCUCCUAUUUGUCGUCGGAUUUGGACUAUUUUUCGUCACUAUCACUCUUGCCAACUCCAAGACAGCCAGAUGGUCUGAUGCUCAUUCCAUCGCACAACUCGUUCUUGGCGUUGUGGUCAUUGGGGCGUUUGUCGUGUGGGAGCGGUUCUACGCUCCACAUCCACUAUUGCCCUUCAGACUGCUCCGGCGCAAAACCGUUGUAGGCUGCGUUCUGAUCGCCUUAUUCCACCCCAUGGCUGGCAGAUGCGCGGCCGGGUACCUUUCCACCUUCCUCCAGGUAGCAGCGAAUCAGUCUGUCAAGUCGGCUACACGUAUCACAUCUUUCCCGUCAGUCGCCGGGACUGUCACCACCAUUAUCGGGGCGUUCCUAUCGCGUCGUUUCAGAACUCUGAAGCCGAUCAUUAUCUUUGGGUUUUUAGUCGAGGUACUUGCCUUGGGACUUAUGGUCCGUUAUCGAACCAGUACCAACACUCAAGGGGAGCUGGCGGUAGUACAGUUGCUCAGAGGUGCCGCAAACGGGUUUAUUCCAUUUCCUACUCAGGCCCUUAUUCAGGCAGCCGCUCCCCAUGAGCACCUAGGCGCCAUCACAGCAGCCUGGCUUGUGGUGUAUUACUUGAGUGGUGGUAUCGGAAGCGCCAUCGGCGGUGGUAUUUGGACCACAAUUAUUCCCAAAAAACUCUCUAAUUAUCUCAACGAUGACGCCUUGGUGACUCUUGCCUACACAAAUCCUUUCAAGUUCGCUCUCAUGUACCCGCCAGGAACUCCAGAACGAGCAGCUAUCGCUCGAGCGCAAGACGAAGCUCAGCGUAUCAUCGUUAUUGUCGGUACAUGUAUUGCAGUACUGGCACUCCUGACGUCCAUAUUCCUCAUCGACAACUACAAACUUCCUGAUACACAGUCACUCGAGGAAGCAAACACGAAUGAAGAGCAACCGGAUACCGCCAAUAGACAGAUGAGAAGCUACUGGCGAAGCCUUUGGGCCUGGAAAACCACACAAUAG